AUGAAAGCCCUCUGUUAUUUGCCUUUGGCAUUGGCACUCAUCCUAGCAUCGUUUCCCAACGAUUCUAAAGCAGCCGAUGUUCGAGCCGAAGAUUAUAUAGAAUUGUGUCGCCUAUUUAAGGAUGGCACCCUUGUUGCGGUACCCGGUUCCUGCAACGAAUAUAUCGAAUGCCACAGCAGCAGCAAUGCAACAAUACACAAUUGCGGCUCCAGUAAAGCUUUCGAUGUGAAAUCCCAAAAAUGUGUAGAUCUAAAAUCGAGCACCAAUAAACUCUGUCACAAUCGUUGUGAGGGCAAAGACGGUGUCUGGGUAUCGGAUCCAACCAAUUGUCAUGGAUUUUUCUAUUGUGCCAAAGGCGAACCCAAUUGGGGACCCUGCCCGACCGGUAUGCAUUUCGAUGAGAAGCUGCAAAUGUGCGUCUAUACGAAAACAUCAUCGUGUGUCGAUGUGUCCAGCAUCUGUGAAUUGGUACCGGACAAGACUAAGUUCCGCAACGAAAAAGAUUGUGCCAAAUAUUAUGAAUGUUCCAAAAAUCUACCAUCCGCUAAAUCGUGCACCAAACAAUUCUAUGAUGUCCAAGCGGAAAAGUGUGUUGACAAAUCGCUGGUCGUGUGCAACGCCCAUCCAAUACCGGAUAAGAUCUGCAACAAAGUUAAGAAUGCCUAUAAGGCAGAUGAGGCGACAUGUCGUGGUUAUUUUUAUUGUCGCGAUUUGGGUAUUGUCGAAGAUUUGGAACCGAUUUGGGGCCAAUGUCCGGAGGGUACAUUUUUCAGUGAAGCCAAACAGGCAUGUGUAAAUCCAAUCGAUGUCAAAUGUGAUUAUAAUCGUUGUGAUGGACGCGGUAAUCUGAUGGUGACAAGUGGAAAAAAUAACUGUCACAACUAUGUUAUCUGUAAGGAUGGUGCACCGGUUGAGGACAAAGAAUGUAUACGUGAUUAUUUCUUUGAUGAAAAAUAUCAGGCAUGUGUUCCGGAUAUUAUCUACUAUGAAUGUUGUGAUAUUAAGGAAAAAAAGUGA